AUGGAGGGUACGAACACUGUGUGGAAAGGAAUUAUAACGGUGGUUGGAAUGAUCGAUAUUGUAGCGUUCCAGAACGAUUUGUAUGCGAGAAACCACAAGAACCUACCUGCUGGAGCGACGUCCGUGGGUGUUUAUAAGUGUUCCAGUACAUCUACAAUCACCGGUACUUCAACAUCAACAGAUGUGACAAUUCUCUCACAAGACAGACAUUUUCAACCAAGUGACGGUCGCCUCACCAAAACAGUUUAUCCCGGUGAUGACAUCACGCUCUCAGUGUCUACCACUGAUAGCUACGCAUCAGGGACGGCUGAAAUCCGGUGGAGCACCUUCUCAAACUUUGCAGAAGGAUCUUUAUCUCCAAGUGGAGAUGGAGCUCUGACAUAUACCAUUCGUUCAGCAUCUAAGAGCGAUGCAGAUGUCUACGGAACAUUCCAAAACAACGCAGUAGACAACCGUCUUUACAGUUUGAUUCGCGUCAUAGUUGGUGAUUGUCCCCGUGGUCGAUGGAACCUACCGUUAUGUAAUCGUUUGUGUGAUAACUGCUACAAUGGAGGAAUCUGUCAUCCUCAAUCAGGAACGUGUAUCUGUCCUCCAGGAUUCAGGGGCAAGAACUGUUUAACUGCAUGCGGGAAACACCGAUUUGGAUGGGAAUGCGAGAUCGACUGUGGUGCUGGUAAUGUUCUGGAUACUUGCAGCGGAAGUCAGAUCUGCCUACCCGAUCCUUAUGGAUGCAACUGCCUCUCUGGUUAUACAGGAAUAUACUGCGAUGAACAAUGUACUCCAGGAAGGUUCGGUGUUGACUGCCUUCAAUACUGUCACUGUGCUGGAGGGAUGCCAUGUGAUGCUUUCACUGGAGAAUGUGAAGGAAGCUGUGAGGAUGGUUGGUCAGGAGAAGGCUGUCAAGUUACACCCAUUUGUCCUGUUGGUUAUUAUGGAAUCAAUUGCACGGAGUUCUGUAACUGUCCUGAUCUGUCAGAAUGCGAGAAGGAUUCUGGAUUCUGUACAUCAUCAGAGGGACAAUGUGAGAUUGGGUUUGUCGCUGAAUCACCAGAAAAGCCAGACAGAUGUGCUACAUUUGCUGGAUGUUUCGAGUCCUGUUCUAAGACAUGUCACUGUGCUGCUACCGUCACGUGUGACGAUGAGUCGGGUUCGUGCCCUUCAUGUCAUCCACGAUGGUCGGGAGACAAUUGCCAAACAGAUCGUUUUACCGCUACUAGAGAAAAGACGAAUCCAGGCACGGCAAUCAUUUCUUGCACAUUCGAUGCCGAUUCAGACGGUAGCCUCUCCAUGAGAGCUUCUAUUGGGGACUUCUCAGCUGAGAGUUUUGUUACUGCAACUUCUACUGACACAAGCGAUGGAUCAUCGUUGCAAUCGAACUUUACACUUUCCAUUGAUGACAUAGAAACUAAAACAAUUUACUGUUUCGUUGGCAAUUCAACCAGUGACGAUGGAUUUGCUUAUAUCAGCUUGCUCCCUCAGGGGACAUUUGGUAGGUUCUGAAUCAUUUAAGAAUUAAGUUUUUUAAUAAUCCUUGCAACAAAUAUUCAUGUAUCUACAUGAUAUAUGUAGACGUGAGUGUGAUCGACUAUUCUGCGCCACAGUCAUGCAAGUGAAAUUACGAAAGGGAAAUU